UGCGGAGCUUCUUUGGAUACAAUUGGUUAUACUUUCUAAAAGCUCUGCGUAAACAUACGCUAAAUUUCAUUAUGUCUUCUCCACGAACUAAAAACUCCGUUCCAUCAUGGAUCGAAAAUCCAUACCCACAGCUACAACACAGUCUCGUCGAGUUCCCCGCAAAGCACAUUCUCCUCGUCACCAUUAAUCGUCCAGAUUUCAUGAACUGUUUACCAGUAGAAGCAACUAUUGAACUUGGGGCAUUGUGGAAGUGGUAUGAUGCAGAGCCAGAACUACGCUGUGCAGUCUUCACUGGCGCAGGCAAAAAGGCCUUCUGUGCCGGAAUGGACUUGAAACAGCGCCUCGACAUCAUUAAAACCAACGACAUUGCCCACGAGUACCCACAGGGUGGUUUCGGAGGAAUGACGAAUCGUACUGGAAAGAAGCCAAUAAUAAUCGCAUGUAAUGGACACGCCCACGGUGGCGGUUUCGAGAUUGUGCUCAACGCAGACAUCAUCUUUGCCUCACCGAAUGCGACCUUUUGCCUCCCCGAGGUGCUUCGCGGAGUCUCUGCCCUGGCUGGGGCACUCCCUCGUGCCAUGCUCCUCUUCGGAAAUCACAGGACUAUGGAUCUUAUCUUAACUGGCCGCCGACUGUCGGUGAAUGAGGCCUUGAGCUGGGGUUUAGUGAAAGAGAUUGUGUCGCAAGAGAAGCUACUGCAAAGGGCUAUCGAUUAUGCACAAGAGAUUUCGGAAAAGAGCCCAGAUUCGGUAAUCAUAAGCAGGCUGGCUGCGAGAGAGGUAUGGGAGACGGGCGUUAGUCGUGCGACUAUGAGAGGGCAAGAGCUGUAUGCUGAGGCUAUGCUGAGAAGCAAGAACGCUACCGAAGGGUUGGCUGCAUAUAGGGAGAAGAGGAACCCGCGGUGGUUACCGUCAUACUUAUAGAAUGUUGAUCAACAGAUAGGAUUAGAGAACACCCGUAGGACAACACAUACGUACUACCAUAAGUACCUAGAGCUUGACUCUUGUUGACACUGAUCAAUAUGAGUUAGAGCAGAUAGUCAUCUCCCUGUAGGCAUCACGUACCCGGAUCGGAAUGUCUAGCGAUAUUAUCGGAUAGUAGAGUUGGGAAAUUCUAGUUUUAUUUGUUUUAUGCAUCUAAAGUUUGGAUGGCGGAGGGUGCUCAGACUUCAACACACAAAGUCCGUUCGACAAGGCAAUACGUCCAUCUUCCUGUACCCUAGUCUCAAAAACGAC